UUGACAUUUGACGUUGUAAAUUUCUUUUCCGGUGGAUUUCACAUUAAUUAGUGCCAAAAUGGCAAAUCGUAGUGCAAAUCCCAGGCGUAUUCCCGAAAAUGAAUCAACAAUCCAAUACGUUCAAGCCGAUGGCUUGGCUGUAAUGAAGAUGGUUAAGCAUUGCCAUGAAGAAUCUACCACUAAUAUGGAUAUUGCACAAGGGGCAUUGUUGGGAUUAGGGGUAGAUAAUAGACUUGAAAUCACGAACUGCUUUCCAUUCCCCAAACAAACUGAUGAAAAUACAGAUGAAGAUGAAUAUCAACUAGCAAUGAUGAGAAGACUGAGGAGAGUAAAUGUUGAUCAUUUUCAUGUAGGCUGGUAUCAGAGUGCUGAUGUGGGCAAUUUUUUAAGUCUUCCUCUUCUUGAAUCACAAUUUCAUUACCAGACAUCCAUUGAAGAGUCUGUAGUUGUAAUCUAUGAUACACAAAAAUCGUCUAGAGGUUUCUUAACUUUAAAAGCAUACAGAUUAACACCACAAGCUAUUGAUAUGUGCAGGGAAGGUGAAUCAACUCCUGAAGCUCUUUUGAAACUGAAAGUUGGUUUCGAGAACCUGUUUGUGGAAGUACCUUUCAUUAUAAAGAAUUCUCCAUUGAGCAACAUUAUGAUGUCAGAGUUAGCAGAACUAGUUCCAGAGGAGGAAGGUUCCAAAUUCUUGGACUUGGGAACAGCUUCAGUGUUAGAGGGACAAUUAAGGUGUUUAAUGGACAGAGUUGAUGAAUUAAAUCAAGAAGCAAUCAAAUUUAACAGGUACCAACAGCUUGUAAGUAGGCAACAGCAAGACAAGCAUCGUUAUCUACAAAAAAGAGCUCAAGAGAAUGCAGCCAGAGUUGCUAAAGAUGAACCACCAUUGCCAGAAGAGGACAUCAACAAAUUGUUCAGACCCCACCCAGUACCUCCUAGGCUAAACCCAAUGAUCAUAGCAGGACAGGUCAAUACAUACAGCCAAGCUAUUUCACAGUUCUGUUCUCAGUCUUUGGCUAAGCUGUAUAUUACACAAGCACUACAAAAUGCUAAAGAAGCAAACUCCAAUUUGUGAGACUUAUCUUUUAUAAUUUAUGAGCAUUAAAAGUUUGUAUUCAUCUU